UUUGGCCGCCGCCCAUCGCGUCAGAGGCAUGACGUUCGGUGUAUUUUUUUUGGAAAUUAUUGUAGAUAGAUUGUGUCUAGGUUGUCUUACAAGAUUCAUUUAUUGCUUAUGGGUUGUCUUCACUGUAGGAAUGAAAAGGAUAUCGUGCUAUUGAAUCAAACAUUUCUCAUUGGAUCUGAGUUGUCAUCAGUCCCAGGAAGAGUGAGAGGAGUGUGGUGUGCAGAAUGAGCGGGGCAGCUCUGGGAAUAGAGAUCGUGGGGGUGUUUUUCCUGGCUCUCUUCCUCUUGCAUCGCUAUGGAGACUUCAAAAAGCAGCAGCGCAUGGUUCUCUUUGGCACGCUGCUGGCUUGGUAUUUGUGCUUUCUCAUCGUCUUCAUUCUUCCUUUGGAUGUCAGCACGACAAUCUACAAACAGUGUUUAAUCGAUCAUGAAGCGCAUGUCCAGACACCCUCUGUUAGUCCUGUCACUUCAAACCAAACAACUGAAAAUAGCUCGGUUUCACCCAGUAAAAGUGAAAGCAGCCCUUGCAAUAAACCAUGGAGUUACAUUCCAAAUGGCAUCAUGCCAGUGUUCUGGAGAGUUGUGUAUUGGACCUCACAGUGUCUUACGUGGCUUCUUCUGCCAUUCAUGCAGUCCUAUGCUCGGUCUGGGGGCUUCUCCAUCACCGGAAAAAUCAAGACGGCUCUCAUUGAGAAUGCUAUCUAUUAUGGCACAUACCUUUUCAUCUUUGGCUCUCUUCUUAUUUAUGUGGCCGUCCACCCUCAGUGGCACCUCUCGUGGUAUGAGCUACAGACCAUCGGCAUCACCGCAGCCAACACGUGGGGUCUGUUUUUGCUAGUCUUGCUGUUAGGUUACGGCCUGGUUGAGAUCCCCCGUUCAUACUGGGAGGCGUCACGCCAGAGUCACCUUCUCAUUAAGACUUACUUCAAAGCAGCAAAGCUCAUGACGGAGAAGGCCGAUGCGGAGGAGAACCUGGAGGAUGUCAUGGAGGAAGUGAGAAAAAUCAAUGAAUCGAUUAAAUACAACCAUCCCUUGAGGAAGAAUGUAGACACUAUUCUACGAAAGUGUCCAGUUGAAUAUCAAGAAAAGAUGGGCAGGAACAUGGACGAUUUUGAGGAUUAUGAUGAUAAACAAAACACGUACCCCACUGAAAGAAGCCUUUCCAAGCUUCACAAGCAGGUGAUCUAUGCCGUGCAGCGACAUAAUCGGACGCACGUUCAGUGGCAGAUCAUGCUUGAACAGGCUUUUCAUCUGGAGGACGUAGCCAAGAAUGAAACCAGCACCUCUCGACAGUUUGUUCACAGUUUUGCCCUUCCAGAACCUGUAGGCUGGUUUAGACGCUACAUAUACACCCCAACAAUAGAAUGGUACUGGGAAUGCUUGCUGAAGCAGUGGUUCUACCGUGUGCUGGCUGUGGUUCUGGCUCUCUUUUCUGUGACUGUGGUUUGGUCGGAGUGCACUUUUUUCAGUACUCGGCCUGUUCUUUCACUUUUUGCCGUGUUCAUCCAGCUUGCCGAGAGAGAUUACAACUAUCUUUAUAUUGAGAUGGCGUGCUUCAUUACCAUCUUCUUCCUUUGCACCUGCGUCUACUCCACUGUGUUCCGUAUCCGCGUCUUUAACUACUAUUACCUGGCCUCACAUCACCAAACAGAUGCUUACAGCCUUCAGUUCAGCGGCAUGCUUUUCUGCCGAUUGACCCCUCCACUUUGUCUAAACUUUUUGGGACUCAUUCAUAUGGAUUCUGCCAUAUCUCACCAGGCAAAGGAACAGACCGCAUACACCUCUAUCAUGGGUUCCAUGCGGGUUCUGUCAUUCAUCGCUGAUGGCUUCUACAUCUAUUACCCAAUGCUGAUUGUCCUCCUCUGUAUUGCUACAUACUUCAGUCUUGGCACACGUUGUUUGAACCUAAUGGGUUUUCAGCAGUUCAUGGGAGACUGUGAACUGACCUCUGACCUUAUCGAUGAGGGCAGGGAGCUCCUACGUAGAGAAAGAAGAAAACGACAAAGAAUCGAGGAUGGGGAGAACAGACGAAGAGAGUGGAGAGAACGUUAUGCACAGCGAGAUGAGAUUGCUGCCAGAAACCGGACCUCCAUGUCUGAAAUGAAGGAAACCAACUAUGGAGAAACCUUGAAUUCAAACACAAAUCGGCAGGCUAAGUACUCGCGUGGUGGUGGCCAGUCAGGGAGAGACAGUAUUGAGCUACUGCAAGAUGCUGAACCUUUGGAGUUUAAUCCAGAAACACUGACUGAUGACCCGUUGCAAGCUGAAACUGGCAGACACGCCGGUGGAAGGUAUCUCUCAAUGUCAUCUUCUCGAAGCCGAAUCUUUGAUGACGUUUAAAUCCAGGAAAAUGAAAAGAUCAAUUUAUUCUCUUCUGUCUAAUAACACUGUAAGAAAGCAAAAUAAUACCUCUCAUGUCAUGCCUGACUGUCCUCUCAUUAUAAACAUCUACUUCCUGUAUCCUGUAAUGCAGUGUAGUUACCUGCAUGCUUCCUGACUGCAGAGUAAACAAACAGCCACAUAUAGAAGCGCACACACACAGUGCCAGGCAGUUAAACUGCUGCUUGUGACAAAUGGGAAACAUCCUUUUUGCCUACGUGUUUUUUUACUCCGUUACAAGAAAUGAGUCAAGGUUAAUGUUAACUUGAACUGUGAGUCAUGAAAGGUGUUUUACAUUUGAAUGAUUACUACAGACUGGAAGGACUUAGACACUACCGUUUCUCAUCAUGUACUGCUGAUAAGCAUCAGGUCAUGUACCUGAACACUUAUAAUGAUGUGAUUGUGGCUCAUUUGUGUUGUAAAUGUAAGUAGAGAGAUUUUAUAGGUCAAGAUCUAUAUUGUCUGACAAAAUACAGGAUUUUGUACCAGUGAUUUUAUUAUAAGGCCCGAGAGAUUUGCACACGCAGAAGGUUUUGGAAAAUGAAAAUCUGAACUGAUCGCAGUUAAAAACACUCCAGUUUAACCUUUAUAAGUGUUUGGCAAGGAUGAAGAAGUAAUCUUUAGGUACACUGUAUACAAUGGUUAAGCCUUUUUUUUCAUUAUAAUGAUUUAACAUUCCAGCAAGAUAUGUUCUUGCAUCUUUUAUUUUACAAAUGAAGAAAAUAUUAAUUUUGUCAAUGUGAUAUUUAUUUUCACAAAUGUUUGAUUUAGUAAGUAAAGUUGUAUUAUUUAUGUAUUCUAGUUUGCACAAAUUAUUUUACAGAAAAUGGGUUUUGGGAAAAGCACCAAACCAAAAUUAACUGUCAGGUGCGUGAAUGGAGGAUGUGCACUCUGCUCUUAUCAGAUCUGUUUUAGUUAUUGGUCCUAUUAUUAUGGUACAGAGAUGAGCAUCACCUGUUUUUGUGUUUUACAUGUCUGGUACUGUUUUUAGUUUUUUUUUAGCACAAGUGACCUUGCACAGCUGUUUUGCAUUGAAGUUUUGUUACCGUAGUUUAGUGGUAUACUUGCGGUUAAAUGUCUAACCGGUUAUUUAUAUUUUGCACUGGAUUUUUUUGUCACUUCAAAGUAGGUCAAGCCAUAAUCCAGGUAAAAUACUUUGAAGAAAAUGUUUUGCUUAGUUUAAAUAUAAGCUCUGAUGAUCUUUAGUGGAGAUAGAGGGUUUUGUAGCAUUAAAUAAGGCAAUUUUGAAGGAUCAGACAUUGUUUAGGAAACUUGAAAUGCUUAAAAAUAUGCAUCCUUAAUGCUUCAAUAGAGCAAACAGAUGCUAAAUAUACAAAUUUGUUAGAUGCAUAUGAUUAAUUGAUUCAACAGUUUAUAAGAUAUGGUGACACAUUAUGAAGGAAUUUCAUAUGUAUUAUUUUGUAUGUUUUUUAACAUUAUCCUUGUACAACACUAAAAGAAACAUCGCCCGUCAGAUAUGUCCAUUGUAAAUGUGUGCAUGGUAUUUUAUUGAAUAUGCUGGCAACUCUUGUUUCUCACAGGAAGUCCUGUAGCAGCUGUAAGUAGUGUUAUAGUUUACUACUAUAAAUAUAAUGUAAAAAAAAACUGUUUACUCUCUAUUCUCUCUGCAAAAGUAUCAUGAUCUAAUCUCAAUUUAAUGUCUUUGCUCAGUAAAAGUAGCCCUUCAAGUGCAAAAAAUACACAGGGCAUUGUUUUUCUUUCAGUUUGUUGAAGCUAUUCAUAUCUACUGUGAUAAUUUGUUGCCAAAAAGGUAUAAUCUUUUUAGCUAGCUAGUAUAGAUAAAGGUCAGCUGGAAUCUGAUGCUGGAAUUUGUUGAUUUGUAUAUCUGGUGUUGGUUCUCAGUGUUUUUGAAUUGUGGUACACUCGCAUACUUAGUAUGUAAUCUUGCAAUUAUUAAUAUAUGAUUAUUAAAGGAUAUGUGCUUUC